UCCACUCUCCUCGCUCGCCUCAUCCUAUCUCAUGCAUGGCUGCCAGUGAUGGUCUACUGGGUGUCAGCUUUUAUUGGCACGAUACAAAGCAAUGUGCCAAGGGCUGCCGCCUCGACUCCCUGAGCGGAGUUGGCCUGCUGGAAUAAAAGCUUGCAAAAUGCCGCGUUUUAGCACAGUCUGAGAUCUAGCAAUGUUGGGUUGGAACGAGGAAGUGCCGUGGAGAGGGGAGGGACCGAGGGCAGAGUUCCAUAGUGCUACGGCGGCGCUGAGAAGUUCUGCACAUGGAGCGGGGGAGAGUUGGAAGAGCUUCAUAUUGCAAAGUCAAGGAAUAGCAGAGUACUUGCAGAGAAUGGAGACCGAAGAGGCCCAGGAAAUGUCCCAGAUAGCAGGUCGGGACUCCCCUCCUCCCAAUGAGGCCUCAGAGGAGAUGGAUGAGUCCAUGCCUGUGCCCGAGGACCUGUCCUCCACUGCCGGCCUCCAGCAGAACAACAGGGCUGACAAAGGCUUGGCCUGCAAUAUAAAAGUUGAGGCUCGGAGUGACGAGGAGAAUGGGAUGGCAUGUGAGGCGAAUGGCGUGAUGGAGGAGGAGGAUGAGGAAGAUGAGGAGGAGGAGGAGGAGGAGGAAGGGGCAGAGGACUUGCGCGUGCUGGAUGCCUCGGGCGCCAAGGUGAACGGCUCCUACGCCAAUCCCAAUGCCAAUGCCAAUGCCAAUGCCGCCCACGUGCCCGCCAGAGCCACCACCGCCACGCCCUCCGUCCCCCACCACGCCAAGGCGCCCUACCCGGCAGCCGGCGGCAUCCGCCUCCCCAACGGGAAGCUCAAGUGUGAUAUCUGUGGGAUAGUUUGCAUUGGGCCCAAUGUACUGAUGGUGCACAAGCGAAGCCACACGGGGGAGAGGCCGUUCCAGUGUAACCAGUGUGGUGCUUCCUUCACCCAGAAGGGCAACCUGCUGCGCCACAUCAAGCUCCAUUCCGGAGAGAAACCCUUCAAGUGCCACCUGUGCAACUACGCCUGCCGCCGCCGAGACGCACUCACCGGCCACCUCCGCACACACUCUGUCGGAAAACCCCACAAGUGUGCGUACUGUGGGCGGAGCUACAAGCAACGCAGUUCGUUAGAGGAGCACAAAGAGCGUUGCCAUAACUACCUGCAGUGCAUGGGCCUCCAAAACAGCAUCUACUCAGUAAAGCAAGAAGACAGCCAGCAAAGUCAGCCGAGAGAAGAGAUAAGCCUGACGGGACCAGAGAGAGCCUUGGUGCUAGACAGACUAGCUAAUAACGUAGCCAAGCGAAAGAGCUCUAUGCCACAGAAGUUUGUGGGCGAGAAGCGUCUGCUGGACCUGCCGUUCGAGGCGGGGGGCGGCGCUGCCGAGCUGAUGCAGCCCCACGUCAUGGACCAGGCCAUCAACAGCGCCAUCAGCUACCUGGGCGCCGAGUCCCUGCGGCCGCUGGUGCAGACCUCCCCCAGCGAGGUCAUGGGCGGGGCCCUCUACCAGCUCGGCAAGCCCUCAGGCGACGCCGCCGCCAACAACUCCAACGGCGGAGGAGGAGGAGGAGUAGGAGGGGCCGGCCUGUCGGCCAAAGACAGCGCGGCCGAGAACCUCCUCCUUCUCUCCAAGUCCAAGUCGGCCUCCAGCGACAAGGACGGCUCGCCCAGCCCCAGCGGCCAGGACUCCACCGACACCGAGAGCAACCACGAGGAGCGCGGCCCCGGGGGCGGGGGAGCUCCAGGGGUGGUCGGGGCGGCCAGCGCCGGGCUCAUCUACCUGACCAACCACAUGACCCCGGCGGCCCUGCGGAACGGCGGUGGCGGUGGCCCCUUGCCCCUGGUGAAGGAGGAGCACCGGCAGCAGCAGUACGAGGCCCUGAGGGCCGUGGCGGCGGCCGCGGUGGCAGGGGCGGCGGGCAUGGACCUGAGCGUGGGCGUGGGCUCGCAGGGCUUCAAGGUGCUGACGGGCGACGGGGAGGAGGUGCGCUCGUACCGCUGCGACCCGUGCCGCGUGCUCUUCCUGGACCACGUCAUGUACACCAUCCACAUGGGCUGCCACGGCUUCCGGGACCCCUUCGAGUGCAACCUGUGCGGCUACCGCAGCCAAGACCGCUACGAGUUCUCCUCGCACAUGACGCGCGGCGAGCACCGCUACUGAAGGAGUGAACCACGGAACACAGACAACACACAAAGACAUAGACAUAGACAUACACAUAGACACACACACAGACACACAUGCACAUACAUGGCGCAAGCACUAGAGCGGGUUCUGAGGGUGUCCAUGGGCAUAUGCUU